AUGGCUGGGCUUUGGGCAGCAUGCACUUUGCUGGCUGUGAUCUCUUCAGCAUGGGCGGAUAAAACCGCGGCUGAUUACUUUGUCCAUUCGCUACCAGGACAGCCAGAUGGCCCUCUCCUGAAGAUGCACGCCGGGCAUAUUGAGGUUACUCCUGAACAUAACGGACACAUGUUUUUCUGGCACUAUCAGAAUCGACACAUCGCCGACCGACCACGAACCGUCAUUUGGCUCAAUGGUGGACCGGGAUGCAGCUCAAUGGAUGGGGCGUUGAUGGAGUUGGGCCCUUACCGAGUAAGAGAGGGAGGAAAACUGGCUUACAACGAAGGUUCAUGGGACGAGUUCGCCAAUCUAUUAUUUGUGGACAACCCGGUCGGUACUGGCUUCAGCUACGUAAAUACGGACAGCUAUGUCCACGAACUGCUGGAGAUGGCCAACCAAUUUGUUACUUUCAUGGAAAAGUGGCUCGAGCUAUUUCCACAGUAUGAAAACGACGAUCUCUACAUCGCAGGCGAAUCCUACGCUGGACAAUACAUCCCUUACAUCACAAGGGCUAUUUUGGAUCGCAAUGCCAGAUUGAAGAAUCAGGGGAAGCGAGUAUGGAACCUCAAAGGCCUCUUGAUCGGGAAUGGUUGGAUUGCUCCAGCAGAACAAUACCAGGCCUACCUCCGGUUUGCCUACCAGUCUAAUCUAAUCCAAGGUGGUACUCCCGAGGCGGAUAAAGUUGAGGCGGCGCAAGUAACCUGCAUCAACGAACUUGCUAAACCCGGCGGGACGGAAACGGUGGAUGUCAGUGCAUGCGAGGCUGUUCUUUCUACGAUUCUCGACGUGUCCAAGGUGGACGGCAUGUGUUACAACAUGUACGACAUCACUCUCAAGGACAAGUGGCCUUCAUGCGGAAUGGCCUGGCCUCCCGAUUUGGAGACCGUGACGCCUUAUCUGCGCCAGGACGAUGUUCUUGCGGCUCUGCACGUGAAUCCCGACAAACGGACUGGGUGGGUUGAAUGUUCGGGGGCUGUUUCAUCUUCGUUCCGGGCUAGGAACUCGAAACCGAGUGUUCAACUACUCCCAGGCAUUCUUGAGGAGGGCAUCCCAGUGCUAUUGUUCAGUGGCGCGAACGACCUGAUCUGCAAUCAUCUCGGAACAGAGGAUUUCGUCAACAACAUGCAGUGGCUAGGAGGCAAAGGAUUUGAGCUCGCUCCUGGGGUAAUAGCUCCAAAACGCGAUUGGGAAUUCGAAGGUGAACCAGCUGGGGUGUAUCAAGAAGCAAGAAACCUCACCUAUGUCAAAUUCUACAAUUCGAGUCAUAUGGUGCCCUUCGACUACCCUCGACGGACCCGUGAUAUGCUUGAUCGAUUUAUUGGGGUGAAUGUCACAGGGAUUGGUGGUCAGCCGACCGACAGCUUUAUUGAUGGUGAUAAAGUGGGCACUGAAACAGAGGUUGAAAAGCCAGUCAACAGCACCAUACCCGUCACCGCCGAAGAACAGAGCCAGAAACUCAAAGACGCCGAACUCAAAGCCUACUAUCGCAGCGGCGAGGCAGCUCUGGUGUUUGUGCUCAUUGCCGCAGGCUUGUUUGGCUGGUGGGUGUGGCGAGGAAGGAGAAAGGCCCGAAGUCAAGGGUAUAUCAGCGUUCCGCUUGCCAACAGCUCGAUGCGAAAAGGCCGCGGAGACGUGGAAGCGGGGGAUUUUGAUGAGAGUGAGUUGGACGACCUGGAGUCGAGCCGGCGACAUGGUAAUAUGCAAUCCCAACGCUAUGAUCUGGCAAGCGAUAGUGAGGACGAAGAUACCGUGGUUCAGCAUGGUGAUGAACUUCGUCCUUUGAGUGGUAGCGAUGUGAAUCUCGUCAAAAGAGCCUCUGGCAUCUUGAUGCUGAUGGUGCCUGGCGAUCGCGAGAUGGAGGGAGAUCGAGGAUGCAUCACCACGUUGGAACUGCUGCAAAGGCGCACAUCGACGAGAGGAGCGUACAAUUGGUUUCUACUCGUGGCAUCCGCAAUUACCAUGGGUGGCAUCGGUAUCUGGGGCAUGCACUUUGUCGGCAAUAGAGCUAUCGUGUUACAAAAUGGAGACCGCCGCCGUCAGAUUCUCUACAACCCCGGCUUCACGGCCAUCUCGUUCUUUAUGCCAAUCAUCGUCCUUCUCUUCGCUUUCUACACUCUUGGAAUGCCGGCUCGAGCCCGCCAACUUCAUGUUGCCAUCGCCGCCUGUCUCACAGGAGCCGCGGCUUGCGCCAUGCACUAUCUUGGUCAAUACGGUGUGGAGAACUAUGUUUGCUCAUAUAGGGUGCAGAAUGUUGCCGGAGCCGCCAUCAUCGCCGUACUGGCCAGUUACACCGCUCUUGGGAUAUUUUUUCGGCUGCGAGACGCAUGGAAAGACGGUUGGUGGAAGCGUGCCCUGUGUGGUGUCAUUCUCGCCACUGCUGUCUCCGGAAUGCAUUGGACAGCGGCGGUUGGUACAGAUUACCACUGGAAAGGCGAUGUGGACAUCCAUGGAAACUCCAGGUCACAAACUGCAGUCAUUGCAGCUUCCCUCUCAAUGGGCUCUUGUGUCAUCCUUCUUGUCGUGGCCUUCAUUCGGGGUCGCAACAAACUCACUGCCAGGAUCAAAGCACAGCGGCUGGUGUUGGCUUGCGCUUACUUUGACACCGAAGGCAAAAUGAUGGUCACCCAGGAAGGAACCUUGCCCAGUGAAAAAAUAACAAACCACUAUAUCGAGAAGACUUUUGGUGAAGAUGAACUUAGCAGAUCUCAUCCAACCUACCUCUGGAUAUUCAAAGCCUCGCAUCAUUGGAUAACCCUACAUGGCCUCAUUCCCAGCAUGAGAGAGCAUAUCGAAAAUGACCCAAUAGCAAGGAAAUACCGGCCCAGCAACACCUCCAAAAACUUGCCAGAUGACGCGAUGGCAGGUUCCAUCAACUUCGCCCCGAUUUUCAAGCAAUUGUUCUGCGUCACUGCCCAGCAGCUGGCCAAUCUCGUCCAUCAACCGCUGGAGAGGCUCGGGGUCUUAUUCGAAGAACCCUUGGAGACGGGAACAACCUCUCUGCACACGCAAUUGAGUAUCAAUAUCAUGCCGCUAUCGGCCAGAUCUUACAAAAAGACGGCAGAUACUGAGCAAGGGUUUCCGCCGCCACUCAAGGUUGCCCGAGGAAAGUACUUUUUCCUUCAACGACAAGUAAACAAAAGCGAGGCAGCCAGGUUUGCCGCACUGGGAUACCGAUUUGCCACCAUUGCGCAAAUCGCGGAACCACUGGCUAAGAGCAUGCAAGUCGAUUGUGGUGAGAUGGUGGCUAAGAUUGAGCGGAUGAGGCGGAGUACAUCAGCCGAGCACCUUCCACCCCCCAGAGUGCAUCUCGCUUGUUUUAUGCUCCGUCCAAGCAUGUACAAAAGCUUCGACGUUCUUGUUCCCACCACCUCGCAAGACCAGUUGCCGUACGUGCCGAUACAAUGCGGUGAUCUAUCUGGAGACCAGCUGGCUCAACUACAGCGUUUCGACGAUUCCACCGUCGGCGAGAUUUUGAGGAUCCUUCUCAACCAGACUGGUGUGUCACAAAUGGGGGAGGGGACGCGCUGGCAGCUUUACAACACCUUCGUUAAGCUCGUCGAUGUUAUGGGUGAUUAUGACACUAUGAUGCAAGCAAAAUUCUCUGCCAAAGCGUUCCGGGUGCCAUGUCGAGCGUCCGACGGCACAAGUCCUUCAGCGACGUGUACCUUCCUGACAGUUCGGGUGAUGAGAACUAUACACGCAUCUUCGAACAAGAAGGAAUUGACAUAUGUCCCUUUAUCUUUCUUCAGUGCUCAGCAACAAUGUCUUGCGACAGACUGCAAGGAUGAAUUAUUUGAGAGAAAGGUCAAAGCAGAGUUCCAGCAUGCUGCCCGCUCAAACUUCAUCAAGUGUCCCUCAUCCAUCAGCCUCCAGCGCGGAAGAACGAGCCCAGGUGGAUCGACCCUGCAAGGACAAGAGUCCCCAAGGCUGGGGUUGCUCAAAAACGCAUUGGCUCGGUUGUCAAUUGUUCCUAGCCGCCGGAGUGAUGAAUCUAAGACUAGCGACGCCAACAAGAGCAUGGAGGAAGGAACUGAUGUUGAGAUGGUGGGAAUUGCAGUGCUGAGCAGCACCCGCCUCGGCCAUGACACGGUAACAACACACGCGGAUGUUAUCGAACUGAACCAAGUAGGAUCCGGGCAGAGUAGCUGGGUCGGCGAAGUGUUUGGUCUGUUCCGUCUGGGAGUGGAAGGGUGGCCCAAUACGAAAGUGGGAGGAUGCAAACGAGGCGGAAAUGACACGCACCCACAAGAUUCUGGAAGAAAGGAUUGCCAAUGGAGCAUGACCGAUACCGAGACACUGGUUCCAUCCAGGUGA